AUGGAGCGCGUCAAAUCUGCCACCGAGCAGACCAAGGUCGUGUUAAAGCUGCCGUCGAAAUGGGUCAGCAUGUAUGGCGACUUCAUUACCAAGAACGCUGGCGCAGUCGGUCAGGUCGAGGGCGCAUUGCGAUCGUUGACAUAUCUUGUCCCUGGCGGACUGAAGAUGUCCGACACAUCGACCGAAUCCCUCAACUCUGGCGUGCAACUGCUCUCCUUAUAUCACGAUAACCUCCUGUCCCGAGCGCUGGCGCAACAACUUCGAGCACCGCGACAUCAAAGCCCGCACAAUCGAUAUACAAGGUUCUACUGCCAGAAGAGCCCUACAUACCGGAGGACUGCAACGACAUUGCAGAUCGUGCAGUAUACUGAACUAUUGCUUGAGAUGAUGGCGAAGAAGCGGGGCGAGAAGACAAGAUGGAGGCUCGUAAUGCUAUUGGAGGCAGUGAAGGCUGUGUGCAGACUGAUAAUCAUGCGACUGACGAAUUCCCGGCCGCUUUUGUCUCCUCCCUUGCCGGAGCGCGAAGUUGUGGUGGAGGAGAAGAACACCGACGACGAGGAACUGGCCAGCACACCAAGCGAACUAUCGGACAUGACAGCAGGCAGCGAACGGUGGACUAUGCCGAGGACAUCUUUGACACUUCCGCCACUGCCAAACCCGGAUGACAUAUCGUCUUAUCUGCUCUCGAAAGUGCUAACAGCGGACGACAUCAAACCUCCCAAGGCUCUCGUGCACCGGACUUCUGGAUUCGGAGAAAUUGCAGAAGUCAUGUUCAUCUUGCGCCCCGUCAUAUAUGCCAUGGCCAUGGCUUAUUGGUCACAACGAGAGAACGGCAAGGGCAAAGCAGACUGGCGGCCCUGGCUACUCGGCUUGAGCAUCGAGUACGGCGCACGACAAAUCGCGAAGCACGAUCUAGAGCGAAGACGACCCGGCGGCGCAAGAGGACUUACGCAGCUCGAGCGGGAAGAGCUCAAGAAGCGCGGCUGGUCACUGGCGUGGUGGACGAUGCGCGGCGCCUUCUACGAGAAUGUCACUCGAGGCAUAAUCAACGGCUUUGCUGGGAAGCUGAAGAAUAAGCCUGUCCUGGACAUGAUCGGCACCUUCAUGGAGGACUACGACUUCCUCUGGGAUCAGUUCUACUUUCCGACUGCAACAUUAUAA